GGAAGUUAAUGAAAGACUUCAAGAAUAGGAUGACAAAAGACAUCAUAAUGCCCGCGUUGAAAGAGAAUGAUCUGGGACGACUGGCACAAGUCCCUGAAAAGCACCCGGAGAUCGACGCUGCUGAUUGGUGCAAAUUUGUUGAAAGUCGCCUAACUCCUGAAUUUCUGGUACGCUAAUUAUAUUAACACUAAGAUAAACUCUUAAAUACAAGUACAUGUAUCUAAUGUAUUUUUUUGGCAUUGUAGGAAUUGAGUAAGGUGCAACAUGAACGUUCCUCAAAAAUUCAAUCCAGACAUCGAAGUGGUCGGAGUGGAAUGGUGAACGUACGGGAAGCUGUGGUAAGUAAUACUUAAAAUUUAAUGUGCUAUAAUGUGCUAUACAAUUUAAUUGGUACUCAUUUCAUUGUUAUAACGUUAUGUAGAAAAAGGACCUCGAAGUUGCAGAUCCUCCCCGCCACCGUGUUUGGAUUAAAUCUCGCACCAAGAGUAGAAAACUUGUCACUGAUUACGACAAGGAAAUUGCCGAGAAGAUAGCUCAAUUAGAGGAGAAGCUUAGUCAGGGACAAAUUCAGGUCCAGGGCCAAAACGAUAUCCUCACGCAGGCGCUCGGGACACCAGAGCAUCCUGGACGUGUCAAGGCUGCUGGGUAUGCUAUUACUUCAAAUGUUAUUUAUUUAGUUACACAAAUGAAAUCGUUGCUAAUUUGCAUUUUAUGAUUUGUAGGUUCCUGACCAGGGCAUCUCAACUGUUCGGCAGGAAGAAAAGGGAAGUGUCUGAUGUUGUGGCUCGGCAAGCGAAGGAGAUUGAAAAAUUAAAAGCCGAAGUCCAAUCCCUUAAGCAGCAGAGGAACGCUGCCGAACAAGAGGAAGAAGGAGAGGUGGCUGGUGAGGCGUAUGUUCCACAACCAUACGCUCCUCAGGAUGAGGUACAACCACAAAUUUAUGCUGAGGAGUUCAUUUCCCUCAACGACCAAGGUAUCCUAUACAAUUUUGAUGACCAUGCGGCCCUUAAUCAGCAAGUACAUCUCUGCUCUGACAACAUCGACAAUAUUGUGGCCCGAGGGUAUUUGUACGAGCAUGUGGGUACGAUCAAAGUUCACUGCCAGGAUUACGAUGAUUCACAUGCUCGGAUCAUGGUUUCGGAAAUCCUGCAAGAGGACGCUGAAAUCCCAGUCCCAAUUGAAGAGUGCAGAUAUGUUAGGGACGUGAACCAGAUGUUCCUUCCUUGGCCUAAACACUUAAUUUUAACAACCGAGGGUCCACUCGCUCAACCGCCCUCAAGACGUGAUGCGUCAAAGGGGAAAGCUCCGAUGCUUUCUCCACAAGGCCGUGGUGCACGUGAAGAUGACUUGUUCACGGAAGAGAAGAUGGCGUUGAUCCCUAAUUCGCUAAAAUGGAUGAUUCAUGAAUUCCUAAGGCUCAAAGAUAAACGUGAUAUAAUCACAAUUUCUGUCCCACGAGGAUUCAUUGCACCGCGUACCCAGAUCACGUUAUCUGGAGAGGAUUUGCAGCAGGUUGCUACGUGUGACUACAUCGGCAACCAGGGAAUGCUGUUUGGAAUGAUGCACAUAUGGGAGAGCAUCAACGGUCUGAGAAAAAUUUUCAAGUUUUACGACCCAGAGCUUCUCACAGUGCAUGGGAUCAACGAUGAAGAACAGAGUCAGUCUUUUGACGAUGCGGCAAGACGAUUGGCUAAUUGGUUAUCAUUAAUGAACAACAACCACCAAAUGUUCUUUAUUCCUUGGAAUAUCGGGAUGCAUUGGACGCUAGUGGUGGUUGCGCCAAGGAAAAUUAUCCAUUUAAACCCUGUAAAAGGCCGCCCAAUUCCCGAAGAAAUAGAACAAAUGAUCGGAAGGGCAUUCAUGUAUAUAGGGGACGCACAUGAGUAUCUUGGCCCGUGGCAAGGAAUUUCACAAGCAAACUGUCCAAGACAACCUAAAAGCCAAGAAUGCGGUUUUUAUGUUUUGAAAUAUAUCACUGACAUCGUCGCACGUGCCAACCCCAACCGUUACAUACAAGAUCAAAAAGCUUUUGGGGGUAAGAAGCAAUACGAUCCAAAAACAGAAUUGUUACCACUACAGCGAAAGUGGAUCGAACAAUUGAUGGCGGUGAUUCACGGUGACGAUUGAGGUUCAAAGGUCGAAGAAUUUUUCUUCAUUAUGUAAUUUUUAUAGAUUAACUUGUAGUUAGAUUUAUUAAUUUAUUAAUAUUUUUAACUAAUUUUACAUGUUUGUGUAAUAUUUAAUUACUUUUAUGAAAUCAAAUUAUGUUUUUACCCAAAUUUAAUUACUAUUUAAUUUAAAAUGUAAUUAAUAUAUAAUUAAAUUAAAUAAAUAUGUAAUUUAAAAUUUAAAUAAAUAUGUAAUUUAAAUUAAAUAAAAUAAUAUAUAAAUUAAUAAAUAUAAAAUUAAAAUUAUAUAAUUAAAUUAAAAAAAAUGAAAAAAACUGAAAUCUGCUCACUUUUGGCGUCGGUUGCUACGCCACAUAUGGCGUCGGUUAUU